AAAGUGGUGCUUUUGCCAAUUUUUCAAAAUCACAAUAAGUAUCCCUUGUUAUAUGCAUGAAAAACAUUGAAAAUUCACCCAUUUACAAGUGAUAACUGUUUUGUAAGACUGAUUAUUAAUCAAACUUCCAAUUUUUUGUUGCUUUGGGCAUUCAUGAUUCACAUUCUUAAAAAGAAGGAGGUUCACCUGUAAGAUUUUCAGGGUUAAAAAAUCUGUAGAGUCCGUAACCAUGGGUUUGUAUCUACAUAUGUAUUAAUGACAGAAAUGUGGCAUUCCACAAAUAAAAACCUCUGUAUGAGUAUGUUUAAUGGCUGAAAUAUUUUUGGAAUAUUUUGAUUUUAAGUUGCAUUUUUUUACAUAUUUAAUGUUACGGACACUACAAAAUCUGCCUUCAAAUUUUGAUUUGAAAUUUCCAUUGUUUUCAAUAGCAUAUUUCCUUAUAUUUUUUCAUGGUAAAAGCAAUUUUUUUAUUGUGCAAUAUUGCAUCAUCUUUUAACUAUUGGAAAAUACCAAUAAAACGGCUGAUGCAACAAUAUUUGUGAUGAAUUAUUGCAUCAUCCAAAACAACCGCCUUUCUAAGAAAUACAACAGUCCAGCUGUAAUGAUGGAAUCAGCUAAGAAAAUGGCUUAUUUUGGGUAAUAGUCGGUCAGAUUCCAGCAAGAAGUCCUUUCAAAUGGAAAACACUAAAGGUGUUGGUUCCAGUGAUGCUCUAGAAGAGAGCCGAAAAUCAUCACUGCGAUCCCGGAAACUUGAAAAAAAUGCUGAAAAGAAUGAAGACAUAGAAAAGAAGCAAAAGGAGAAAAACAGGCUGAAAGUCAAGGCAUGGAGAAUGCGUCAGAAAACAGAAAACUCCACAAAAUAUUCUGAAAUCAAAAAGAAAGACAAAGAAAGAAAGAAGGAAGUUCGAAUGAAAGUGAAACUCAUGGCCAAUUCAGAUCCUGAAUUAAAAGCCUCCUUAAGAAAGAAAAAAGCUGAAGAAAUGAAAAGAUACAGACAGAGAGUAUGAAACUGGCUCUGGAAGAAAAAAAGAAAAAAGCUGUGAAGCGAACACAAGCCUGGAGAAUGCGAAUUAAACUUAAGUCUCCUACAAUUCCAAUUGUUAACACAGUUGAUGAAAAUGACAGUCAUGGAGAAAGCAGACAGAACAAAAGUAACUUAUCCCGUGCAACAGUAUACAGACGAGCGCAAAUGGUGAAAGGCAUUCUGCCUAGGACACCAAAGAAGAAAGCCGCCAUUUUAAAGAAGCUUAUUGAGUCACCUUCAACAUCCAAAGUACUUUCUGACCAAGGAGUAACAAUGACACCAGCUUGUAAGAAGAAACUUGAAGUAGCAGAUGCUAUAGUGAAUUCCUUGAAAGAAAGUAUUUCCGAAGUAAACAUUGGUGUUCGAAAAGACAGAGAAAAGAAACAUGCAUAUGAUGUAAUACGUGAAUCAGUACUAAGGAAAUACAAAAAGAUCACAGUUAGUAAAUAUUUCAAUGUGUCUUACAAGACAAGGAAGAUGAGAAAUGAAUGGUGGAAAAAGAAACAGAGAAAAACAAGAUGUGAUGUGAUAAGUGAUCAUGUGAAACAAUCAGUGAAAGAGUUCUACCUGAGUGCUGAAAUUAGCAGAGAGGUGCCAUCCAAACGUGAUGUUGUUAGAAUCAAAACUCAGACUGGUAUGAAAGAAACACUACAGAAACAUGUGAUGACAAUGACACUAGAAGAAGCACACAAGUUAUACAAAACAAGAAACCCCAAUCAUAAAAUAGGACUUACAUCAUUCAGCAAACUAAAACCAGUUAAUGUAAAGAAAGUGUCCGAGACAAGCAGACGGUCAUGCCUGUGCCAGACUUGUUGUAAUGUAGCCCUGAAAGUAGAAGCACUUACAACAUUGAAACGAGUUGUAAAAGAGACUGACAUGACAGAAGACAUUAAGAUUGAUAAGAAGAGUCUGAGUGAUGCAACAUUCUGCAGCUAUGAACAAGAGCCAUCUUUAAAAUGUGUGUCAAGAAAUUGUGAAAAAUGUGGAGUACAAGGCCUUCAAAAGUAUUUGGCGACUAUGGAAGAAAAGAACAGAGAUGGGAUGGUGUCAUGGUAUCAAUGGGAAAGCAUUGAAAUAAAGAAAUAUGACAAAGUAAAGCGCUGCGUUUCUUGUGUGCCCAAAGAAGCUGAUUUCAAAGUGU